AUGUCUUCCUCAGGAUUGGAUAACAUCACAGAAAACCCAACUCUUGAGCUCAAAAUCACAUCAGCUAAUGUCGAGCAUAUCGAUGCCACAGACAAGAUUGACGUGUACGCUGUCAUUUCCAUUAACGGCAGCGCUACUCAAAAGAAACAAUCAGCCAAAACACCCAUUGACUACGACGGUGGUUCAAAUCCGACGUGGAAUCACACCGUCAAAUUCUCCUUCGACGAGAGAGAAGCCAACGAAGGCUUACUGAAUAUUAAGGUGGAGUUGUAUAGCUAUUGGCUCGAAGAUGAGAAUGACGUUUCUUUAGGAGAAGUCAACGUUCCGGUUCAAGAGCUUCUUGCUUCAAAUCCUGUUCCCUCGUUUUCUAAUGGUGACGUCAGCAAAAUGAAGCCGGUGACUUAUCCUGUCAAAUUCAUCGGAGAAACAAAACCAAAUGGAAAACUAAGCCUCUCGUACCGUUUCAAACCUGCCCCGGUUCACGAUCUUUAUCCUACACCGCCAGAACCGGUUUAUUUGCCACCUUUUGUUCAACCCGGUCACACAAACCCAGAUCCAGCAAGAUUGGGCCUGCCCGUCAUAUAUACACCUCAGUGUCAGAGUCAAACCACGACCGUGACAGAGCUAGCUAUAGAGCUCGUGAUCAAAUCCGCCAACAACAUCAGAAACGUCAACGUGUUCGAUGACAUGGACGUAUAUGCUUCCGUUAUGAUCUGUGAGGGCAAAACAACAAAGCAUAAGACCAAAACCCCUAUCGCCUAUUCCGGCUUUAAAUUUCCAACUUGGAAUCACGCCGUUAAGUUUUCCCUGGGCGAGGAAAAGUUAGCUCGAGAAGACCGUUUUAGCCUCGUCGUGGAGUUGAUGAGCCACCGACCAGUGAUAGGAGAUAAACAUAUUGGAAAAGUCAGUGUCCAGAUUAAAGAACUAAUUGGUUCUAAUCCGCCUUCGCCAUCUACUGACGUUUACAGUAAUAAUAUGAAGUUGGUCACGCAAAAGGUGGGAGGUGUAUACGGGGAAGGAACCCUAAGCUUUACGUAUAGGUUUCUUAAAAAGCAAGUUACAAUUCCGAUUGCGCCAGGCACAACACCCCAACCUUUUAUUAUGUAUGUACCCAUCCCACAUCAUCCCUAUGGGUUAGAAAACCCGGUUCAUGGAGCCUCGAGUUACAUGGCUGUUCAUCCAGGGGUAAAUGUUGGGCCAAGUAACGGCCAAAUACCAAUUUAUAUGCCUCCCUCACAUCAGCCACAUGAAUACCAACAAUAUUCACAGUCACAACCACAACCGCAAAAGCUGCAGACGCAACCACAACCUCAGAUUCAGCAGCAGCCUCAACCGCAGCAACCACUACCACAACGACCAACACAAUCAACGGCGCAAGGGCAAGGAGUACGGCCACAAGUGAAGCCACAAGGAGGGAGUGUUGCAGCCCUAGGACUAGGGGCGGCCUUCGGACGAGUAAUAGGAGGAGCUAUACUGAGUGAAAUAAUGUCUGACGACGUAAACCUAUACGAAGUUUAA